AGAGGUGUAUAAAAGUGUGUGUGCCUUCAUUCUGUGCAUGAUACUGAAUUGCAAGAAGCAUUAUACCAAUAAUGAAUUGUCUACUGUGGACCUCAGUUACUGUCCUGAGCCUGGUUUGGGCUGUUGGAGGACAAUCAACUGGAAACCUGAGGCUAGUAGGCAGCUUUAGUCGAACAGGAGGCUCCUCUGGCAGACUGGAGGUCUAUUACGAUGGUCGAUGGGGGACAGUGUGUAACGACAGCUUCAGUAUAAAUGAUGCAAGAGUGGCUUGUCGUCAACUAGGGUUCUCAAGCUACAGCCGAUACGGAACAGUUGGAAGGCUAGGUUUCUCCCAAGCUUCACUAUCUACUCCAACAUGGCUGGACGAGCUUCGUUGUCGUGGAUCUGAGUUCAGACUCAUUAAUUGUCCUGCUAACCCUAUCGGAAUUGAAGAUUGCACCCAUUCAGAAGACGUGGCUUUGGUCUGCCCUUCAAAUGGAGACCUGAGGCUGGUAGGCAACUCAAGCCUAACAGGAGGCUCCUCUGGUAGACUGGAGUUCUAUUACAAUGGACAAUGGGGAACAGUGUGUAAUGACAGCUUCGGCGCAAGUGAUGCAAGGGUGGCUUGUCAUCAGCUGGGGUACAGCUCGACCUCUAUUCAAUACGGAACAGUUGAAAUGCUAGGUUUCUCCCAAGCUUUAUCAACCACUCGGACAUGGCUGGACGAACUUCGUUGCUUAGGAACUGAGAGAAGACUCGUUGAUUGUCCUGCAAACACUAUCGGAGAUGAAGAUUGCACCCAUUCAAAAGAUGUGGCCUUGAUCUGUACUAUAAGAAUUGGAGAAUUGAGGCUGGUAUACAACUCAGGCCUAACAGGAGGCUCCUCUGGCAGACUAGAGGUCUAUUACAGUGGACAAUGGGGGACCGUGUGUGAUGACAGCUUCGACUCAAGUGAUGCGGUGGUGGCUUGUCGUCAACUAGGGUUCUCAACCUACACUCAUUACGGAACAGUUCUAACAAUACUAGGUUUCGUCCAAUAUUCAUCAUCCACUCCGACAUGGCUGGACAAUCUUCGUUGCUUAGGAAAUGAGAACAGACUCAUUGAUUGUCCUGCUAACUCUAUCGGAGAUGAAAAUUGCAACCAUUUGGAUGAUAUUGCCUUGAUCUGUACUGAAAAUAGACAAUCAAGUGGAGACCUGAGGCUGGUAGACAACUCAGGCCUAAUAGGAGGCUCCUCUGGCAGACUGGAGGUCUAUUACAGUGGACAAUGGGGGACCGUGUGUGAUGACAGCUUCGACUCAAGUGAUGCAGUGGUGGCUUGUCGUCAACUAGGGUUCUCAACCUACACUCAAUACGGAACAGUACUCAGUUCAUUCAAAGUUUUAUCAUCCACUACGACAUGGCUGGACAAUCUUCGUUGCUUAGGAAAUGAGAGCAGACUCAUUGAUUGUCCUGCUAACUCUAUCGGAGUUGACGAUUGCAACCAUUUUGAAGAUAUUGCCUUGAUCUGUACUGAAAAUAGUACUACAAGACAAUCAAGUGGAGACCUGAGGCUGGUAGGCAGCUCAGGCCUAACAGGAGGCUCCUCUGGCAGACUGGAGGUCUAUUACAGUGGACAAUGGGGGACCGUGUGUGAUGACAGCUUCGACUCAAUUGAUGCAGUGGUGGCUUGUCGUCAACUAGGGUUCUCAACCUACACUCAAUACGGAGAAGUUAGAAUAACAACACUACGUUUCUUUCAAGUUUCAUCACCCACUCCGAUAUGGCUGGACAAUCUUCGUUGCUUAGGAAAUGAGAGCAGACUCAUUGAUUGUCCUGCUAACUCUAUCGGAGUUGACGAUUGCGACCAUUUUGAAGAUAUUGCCUUGAUCUGUACUGAAAAUAGUACUACAAGUCCUUCAAGUGGAGACCUGAGGCUAGUAGGCAACUCAGGCCAAACAGGAGGCUCCUCUGGUAGACUGGAGUUCUAUUACAGUGGACAAUGGGGGACAGUGUGUGAUAACAGCUUCGACUCAAGUGAUGCAGUGGUGGCUUGUCGUCAACUAGGGUUCUCAACCUACACUCAUUACGGAACAGUUGGAACAAUACUAGGUUUCUCUGAAGCUUCAUCAUUCACUCCGAUAUGGCUGGACAAUCUUCGUUGCUUAGGAAAGGAGAGCAGACUCAUUGAUUGUACUGCUAACUCUAUCGGAGUUGAAGAUUGCGACCAUUUUGAAGAUAUUGCCUUGAUCUGUACUGAAAAUAGUACUACAAGUCCUUCAAGUGGAGACCUGAGGCUAGUAGGCAACUCAGGCCAAACAGGAGGCUCCUCUGGUAGACUGGAGUUCUAUUACAGUGGACAAUGGGGGACCGUGUGUGAUGACAGCUUCGACUCAAGUGAUGCGGUGGUGGCUUGUCGUCAACUAGGGUUCUCAACCUACACUCAAUACGGAACAGUUGGAACAACACUAAGUUUCUCUGAAGCUUCAUCAUUCACUCCGACAUGGCUGGACAAUCUUCGUUGCUUAGGAAAUGAGAGCAGACUCAUUGAUUGUCCUGCUAACUCUAUCGGAGUUGAAGAUUGCUACCAUUUUGAAGAUAUUGCCUUGAUCUGUACUGAAAAUAGUACUACAAGUCCUUCAGGUCCUUUAAGUGGAGAUCUGAGGCUGGUAGACAGCUCAAGCCUAACAGGAGGCUCCUCUAGAUCUGGUAGACUGGAGCUCUAUUACAAUGGACAAUGGGGAACAGUGUGUGGCGACAGCUUCAACUCAAGUGAUGCAGGAGUGGCUUGUCAUCAACUAGGGUUCUCAACCUACAGUCAAUACGGAAGAGUUGGAGAGUUAGGUUUCUCCCAAGCUUCAUCAUCCACUCCGACAUGGCUGGACGAUCUUCGUUGUUCAGGAAAUGAGAGCAGACUCAUUGAUUGUCAUGCUAACUCUAUUGGAGAUGAAAAUUGCUUCCAUAUUCAAGAUGUGGCCUUGAUCUGCGCUGGAAUUAGUACUAUAAGUCCUUCACGUGGAGACCUGAGGCUGGUAGGCAACUCAAGCCAAACAGGAGGCUCCUCUGGCAGACUGGAAGUCUAUUACAGUGGACAAUGGGGGACAGUGUGCCAGGACAAUUUCAGUCUAAAUGGUGCAAGAGUAGCUUGUCGUCAACUAAGGUUCUCAACCUACACUCAAUAUGGAACAGUUGGAACACUAGGUUUCUCCCAAGCUUCAUCAACUACUCCGACAUGGCUGGACAAUCUUCGUUGCUUAGGAACUGAGAGCAUACUCAUUGAUUGUCCUGCUAACUCUAUUGGAGUUGAAGAUUGCUCUCAUUUUGAAGAUGUGGCCUUGAUCUGCACUGGACUGAGUCCUUCAAGUGGAGACCUGAGGCUGGUAGGCAGCUCAGGCCUAACAGGAGGUUCCUCCGGCAGACUGGAGGUCGAUUACAGUGGACAAUGGGGAACAGUGUGUGACGACAGCUUCAGUCCAAAUGAUGCAAAAGUGGCUUGUCGUCAACUAGGGUUCUCAAACUACACUCGAUACGGAACAGUUGGAGCGCUAGGAUGAAUGUUUUCUCCCAACCUUUAUCAACCACUCGGACAUGGCUGGACGAGCUUCGCUGCUCAGGAACUGAGAGCAGACUCAUUACUUGCCCUGCUAACACUAUCGGAGUUGAAGAUUGCUCCCAUUCACAAGAUAUUGCCUUGAUCUGUACUGAAAUUAGUACUACAAGUCCCUCAGGUCCUUCAAGUGGAGACCUGAGGAUGGUAGGUUUCUCAAGCCUAACAGGAGGCUCCUCUGGCAGACUGGAAGUCUAUUACAGUGGACAAUGGGGGACAGUGUGUCAGGAAAAUUUCAGUCCAAAUGAUGCAAGAGUGGCUUGUCGUCAACUAGGGUACUCAACCUCCUCCACUCCACGAUACGGAACAGUUGGAAAGCUAGGUUUCUCCCAAGCAUCAUCAACCACUCGGAUAUGGCUGGACGAGCUUCGUUGCUCAGGAACUGAGAGCAGACUCAUUAAUUGUCCUGCUAACACUAUCGGAGUUGAAGAUUGCUCCCAUUCACAAGAUGUGGCCUUGAUCUGUACUGAAAUUAGUACUACUACAACAUUUACUUCUUACACAUCAUAUUCGGUGUCCAGCGUCUCUAUCGGUAUUGGAGUUACUAUUCCUAUCGUCAUUAUCAUAGUUGUGAUUUUUGUCUUGGUCUGUGUUUUAACGAGUAGAAGGCAUCGUCUGGCUCGCAACAUGUACAUGAUUCCCCUAGUCAAUAACGCUGUGUCAACAUCUGUAGUCGUCACUGGGUCAAAUACACAAACGGCUACAGCCUAUCCUAUGCAGCAAUCCAUGGACCAAAAACCCCAAUAUUCGAAUCAGGCACCCCCUCAAAAUAUGCAUGCACCUCAACCAGUGGCUCCCUACCCGACUGCACAAUAUGCUGCCCCCCAGUAUCACACGUCCUACCCUCAGCAACCCCCAGCCGCAUACACUCAGCAACCUCCAGCCCCUUAUCCUCGUGGAGAACAACCCCCUGCUCAGUGCCCCACUGAACAACCUCCCCCUGCACUGUAUAUUUGUCUGACGGAGAAGCCCCUCCAGCAUAUUUGAACUAUAUUGAAGUUCAGACAAAUUGACGUAUUAAACUAAAAGUAGUGAAAUGUACGACUGAUAGUAAGUAAUAGCUAGUAU